UUUGUUAUAUUUCAGACCAAGGCGUCGUACAAGAAGUACAUCAUUGUUGCUGUUGCUGUCAUUGUUGUUGUUGCUGUUGCUGUCGGUGGAACUUUGGGAGCAGUUCACAUCUCUAACAAGACAGCACAAGACGUGUGGAAGGAGUACAAUCUCCGUUUAACCGACAAGCAAGGGAAGAAAGUUGACGAAAAGGUUCAGGUUGAUCUGAAGGACAACAUCACCGUGUACAACGUGAACAACGAGAAGUUCCACGUAGCCAUGGACAACUCGAGGGGUCUGGUAGUAUACAAGAUGGAAAUGAAUAACAAGUUUGCUUGUUACUUGACUCCAAUGAAAAAAUCUGAAGAGACUGACAGCAAGGACGUGGCCAACGCUUUAGAACAACCGAACACCGUCGAAAAUACGACAUCAGAUGACGAUAAUGAACAAAAACAAUUCGUUGCCAACACCUCCCCGAUCAAGGACAAGUCCUUCCUAAGUCCCAGAAUGCAGGAAUUCUGCAGAGAUCUGGAGGCAUACUGGCUCACUCAGAAGGACGGCAACACUGUAGAUGGCGCCAGCACCCAAACCCCGGCAGGAGGUAUUCGCCAAAAGCGAGCUUGCGUUUGGUACCCUUGCAUAAGGAUUCAACGCAUUUGCUAUAGGAUCGGUUCUCGUAUUGUUUGUUUUUAUAGAGUCACUCGUGGUUACUGUAAGAGAUGCUACUAGCUGGGGUUAAUAAGCUUCGUUGUGAUAUGUUCGUUUAUCACAAGAAUUAGUGCGCAGUGUUAUUAAAUAAUCAAGUGACUUUAAAAAAAUCCACGUGUGUAUUCAAGAAUAUAUCAGAACCAUAACAACAGUGCAGAUUACUUAUCCUAGAUUGCUGUAAGUUAUGCAUCGUUCAGUAAGGAUUCUAAUUAUUGUUUUUCUUUAUAUUCGAAAUAUGAGUAAAGGAGUUGGACGGACAGGUAUUGACAUUUGGUAAGGUGUAGUAUUUUAUGGAAUUUUUUAUGUAUGUUAAUGAUGUUGAAAUGGGCGGAAAAAAAAAGACUUUUCAUUCUCUCUGAAAUUAUGUUUAAAUGGUAAAUCAUAUAAAGUAUAAUAGGACCACAUGGUACAAAUACAGAAUGUUUUUUUUUUUAGAAAAUUUCUUCCGAAGUUCUUAAUCAGCUUCCCUGUUUUGUUUUUAAUAAGGCUCACGUGAGCAUUUUUGUAUGUUAACUGUUAUCACGACAACAGUGAAAUCAUUAUCUCAUUAUCCUAGAUCAUUACAAGUGAUGCAUAUUUAAUUGACGCUUUUCUCUUGUCGUUUGCUUUAUUUUUAAAAAGUAAAUAAAAGACUUAAGAAAGCACUUCCUUUUUGCUAAGGUAGUACCAAAGUUUAUGGAGAAAUCGGUGAUAUAGGUUUUCUGUCGUCUCCAUUGUGGAAGCGCAUCCCUCAGAGUGGAAAACGGGCGUUAUUAUUAUACAUCACUGAAUGAGUGAUUAUGCAUACAUUGUACUUAAAAUGAAGAAGAGAGCGAGAAACAUUUUAAUUGUACUUUCACAGGUUUGAGUCUCUUGCAACCCUUAUAGUGGGGUGGGUUUAAUUUUUAAACAUGAAACGUUAAUAAAAUCAUCAUCAUCAUUUUA